AUAUUAAAAACUCAUAUCAAGAGAAUGGGGCAAAAGUACUGCUUCUCAUGGAUACUCAAGUUGCAUCUUCUACUUGUUUUGAUUCAGCUUGUUGAUUCCGGAUCUACCAUCAGAUUUCUUCCUGGUUUCCAAGGCCCUCUUCCUUUCGAGCUCGAAACCGGGUACAUUGGUGUGGGUGAGGCAGAGGAAGAUCAAAUGUUCUACUACUUCAUCAAAUCUGAGAGCAAUCCAGAAGAAGACCCUCUUCUUCUCUGGCUAAGUGGAGGACCUGGCUGCUCUUCUUUUUCUGGUCUUGUGUAUGAGAAUGGGCCUCUUGCUUUCAAGGUUGAGACCUACAAUGGAAGUAUCCCCUCCUUGGUCUCUACCACAUAUUCAUGGACUAAGGUGGCUAGCAUUAUCUAUUUGGAUCAGCCUGUUGGGACUGGCUUCUCCUACUCAAAAAAUCCACUUGCUGAUAUACCAAAUGACAAAGGAGCAGCUAAGAGUGUUCAUGAGUUUGUUUGUAAGUGGCUAGCCAAAUAUCCUGAGUUCUUAUCCAAUCCGUUCUAUGUCGCCGGAAAUUCUUAUUCGGGUAUAAUCAUUCCAAUCAUCGUUCAAGAAAUCUCAAAUGGAAAUCUUUUAGACAGAAAGCCUCCAAUAAAUCUUCAGGGCUAUUUACUCGGAAACCCGGUAACUGACUUUAAUCUUGAUCAUAACUCUCGCAUUCCAUUUGCUCAUGACAUGGCACUGAUCUCUGAUGAACACUAUGAGGGUAGUAUAAGGGAAUGGUUACGUUGUGAUUGGGAUAUGCCUUACAAGAGAAACAUUUGGAGUAGUGUGCCAUAUCAUAAGAAUACUAGCAUCAAAGGGUAUCGGUCUCUCAUCUUCAGUGGUGAUCACGACAUGGUAGUACCUUUCCUUGCAACUCAAGCAUGGAUCAGAUAUCUCAACUAUUCUAUUAUUGAUGAUUGGAGGCCAUGGAUGAUUCAGAAUCAAGUUGCUGGAUACACGAGAACUUAUGCGAAUAAGAUGACAUUUGCCACUAUCAAAGCAAGUGUGCUCUUCAAGCUGAAACUGGGUUUCUGUACCUUUGAUUAUUCGGGAGGGGUUUUUGAAGAAUUCAUGCAAAUGGAGGCUAAUGACUGUGAAGAAGAACACAAGUUCACUCUCGACAACUAUCAUGUCGUGGAGCAGGUUAGAAGAGGCAAGUCCUCUUCCGAUUUCCUGGUUCUUCAUCAAAUUGAAGACAAAAAGUAUGCAAUGAAGAAGAUUUCCCUGGCUAAACACACGGACAAGUUAAAGCUAACCGCUUUCCAAGAGAUGAAGUUGCUCUCAAAUUUAAAGAAUCCUUAUAUCAUGCAUUAUGAAGAUUCUUGGAUUGACAAGGACAAUAACGCCUGCAUUUUUACUGCUUACUGUGAGGGAGGGAACAUGGCUACUGCUAUUAAGAAAGCGAGAGGAAAGUUGUUUCCAGAGGAAAGAAUCUUUAAAUGGUUGGCACAAUUGUUACUGGCUGUUAACUAUUUGCACUCAAACCGUGUAGUUCACAUGGAUCUAACGUGCUCAAAUAUUUUCCUUCCGAAAGAUGAUCACGUCCAGCUUGGUAAUUAUGGUCUGGCGAAACUUAUAAAUCCAGAAAAGCCAGUUUCCAUGGUUUCGGGUAUCUCUAACAGCAUGUGCCCUGAGGUCUUAGAAGAUCAACCAUAUGGAUAUAAAUCUGACAUAUGGUCGUUGGGUUGUUGUAUGUAUGAAAUUACAGCACACCAGCCUGCGUUUAAAGCUCCGGAUAUGGCUGGACUCAUCAACAAAAUAAACAGAUCCCUUAUGUCUCCUCUUCCGAUUGUCUACUCAUCUACCUUGAAACAAAUGAUAAAGCUUAUGCUUAGGAAGAAACCAGAAUAUAGGCCAACAGCCUGCGAAUUGUUAAGAAACCCAUGUCUACAACCAUACCUUCUUCAAUGCCAAAACCUGUCGCCUAUUUAUCUUCCUGUUUUCCCGAUAAAGUCGGUAAAUAGCCCAAAGGAUAGAGCAAGAAGAAACUCAUUGCCAGGAAAGUUUGUUAAGGAAAGAGAUUCGAGAGAGAAGAGCGAGGUGUCCCGCAGUUUGGAAAAUCUAUAUCCAUUUUGGACGAAUGCAGAGACUGGAUCUAGCAGCUCAUCGCAACCGGCAUCAUCCACAAAUGGUGCAGAAGACAAACUUGAAACAAAAAGAAUCGAUCCAAGCUGCGACACAUUGAAGAUUUCUGAGUUUACUAGUCAUAAGUCGGAUGAGAGCUUAAUUGAUCCUGAUAUUGCAGUUUACUCUACAGAAAAGCAAGCCGAAGAAAAUGCUCUGCCAAAAGAAACUGAAAAUAUGUUCUCUGAGGAAUCUCAGUUACGUGAUGUUGAUGUUGGGGUUGUGAGUGCACAAGAAGUAGUAUGUUCCCCUCCAAAAGCCAUCGAAGAAGCUGAAACUCAGGAGCUAUUACCUGAACCAAAGGAACAUAGAACGGUUUCCUUUUCUAGCAAUGUGCAUUCAUCUACUGAAGUUACAGCAGCAAGGGACCAUUUGUCUGGAAGCCUCGAGGGCGAUGAAGUAAAGAAGGUAAAACUAACAGCGAGUGAAAUGUCAUCGGUAUUGAGUAAGCUCACGAAACUGGGUCCACCGCAGAGUAAAGAAAGAGCAGAUGCAUUAGAGUGUUUAUUGGAGAAAUGUGCAGGGCUUGUAAAGCAAGAGAAAUAUGAAGAACUUGCUGGUUUGCUUACACCAUUUGGGGAAGAUGGUGUCUCGGCUAGGGACACUGCAAUUUGGUUCGCAAAGACACUCUUGUCUUCUGAGAAACUCAACCAAGGAACCUGAUUGAGUUUGAGAAAUUUUCCCUUUUUGGUUAUUUGUCAAAUAUGUAAAAAUUCCUUUUUCAUCAGUUUUAAAUAUAGUUUGUGAACACUCAAUUUAUCUGUUUGUCAUAUGUAAUAUAUAAAAAUUUGAAUGUGAG